AGCGCACCAUUAGGUGGUCUGUGAGAACUCUGCCGUCGACGGUCCGUAACUUCCUGUUUAGACAAGCGAAAGAGGAAGUAUGGCGACAACAGAGCGACUCGGGCCCUCUCGGACCCGAAGAAAUAGUAAUAAAAACAUACUUACAAGGAUCAGACAUGGACAAAUUAGUGGCGGGGGACUUAGUCGAGGCACAGAGAUGUCUGAGGCCCUACUUCAAGAGAGGGACCAUCAGGCCAAGUGGCAUGGGAUUCCAGUGAUGCUGCAGAGACUGUAUGACAGCAGUCACCUCAACAGUGACCUCUCCCAGAUCCACUCCAUUAUCAAGGAAGUGGCAUCUUUUCUCUCCAUGGAGGCAAUGUCGUUUGUGACAGAGGAGAGGAGAACAGCACAGGAGUCCACCUCUCCCAACACAUACACCUUUGACCUCUUUGGCGGCGUUGAUUUACUAGUGGAGAUUCUGAUGAGACCCACCCUGACCACGCAGACCAAUUUCCCGAAAAUGAGUGAUGACCUCGUCAAGGAUUGUUUAAGUGUUCUGUACAAUUGUUGUAUAUGUAUGGAAGGAGUCACUAAAAGUCUGGCAUCACGAGAUGACUUUGUCAUGUUUUUGUUUACGCUCAUGUCGAACAAGAAGACAUUUUUGCAAACUGCCACAUUGAUUGAGGACAUUCUUGGGGUCAGGAAGGAGAUGAUCCAGCUGGAGGGCAUCCCCAACCUGCCCAGUCUGGUCCAGAGCUUCAACCAGCAGCAGCUGGCCAACUUCUGCCGCAUCCUGUCAGUCACCAUCACUGAGCCGGACCUGGGCAAUGAUGACAAGCACACACUGCUGGCUAAAAACGCCCAGCAGAAGACCAACCUCUGCCCUUCCCACUCUGAAGUCAACCAGGUGGCCCUGCUGAACAUCCCGGGCUUCAUUGAGCGGCUGUGUAAGCUGGCUACCAGGAAGGUAUCUGAGGCCUCGGGGGCAUCCAGCCUGCUGCUGGAGCUUCAGGACUGGUACACCUUGCUGGACAACGCCCUGGUGCUGGACACUCUUAUGCAGAUGGCCACAGAGGACGCCGAGCAGAGCAGCACAGAGUCGCCAGACGAGAGCUCUCUGGUCACCAGUCCUCUCAGGCACAGUCUGCCCCAGUCCAUGAAGAUCGUCCAUGAGAUCAUGUACAAGGUGGAGGUUCUCUAUGUGCUCUGUGUGCUCCUCAUAGGCCGCCAGAGGAACCAGGUUCACAGAAUGCUUGCAGAGUUCAAACUGAUUCCAGGUCUCAACAACCUGUUUGACAAGCUGAUCUGGAGAAAGCAGACGUCCACCCACGUCCUCCACGGCCAGAACCAGAACUGUGACUGCAGCCCGGAGAUCUCCUUUAAAAUCCAUUUUCUACGACUACUCCAGAGCUUCAGCGACCAUCAUGAGAACAAGUAUCUCCUCUUGAACGCUCAGGAGCUGAAUGAGCUCAGUGCCAUCUCUCUGAAGGCCAACAUCCCUGAGGUGGAGGCUCUCGUCAAUACGGACAGAAAUCUAAUCUGUGAUGGUAAAAAGGGCCUCCUGACACGGCUACUUUCAGUCAUGAAGAAAGAACCGGCCGAAUCCUCAUUCAGGUUCUGGCAGGCGAGGGCGGUGGAGAGCUUCCUGAGAGGAUCCACCUCCUACGCUGACCAGGUGUUCUUGCUCAAGAGAGGCCUGCUGGAGCACAUCCUGUUCUGCAUCAUAGACAGCGGCUGUAAGUCCAGGGAUGUGCUGCAGAGUUACUUUGACCUGCUGGGGGAACUCAUGAAGUUCAACAUCGACUCCUUCAAGAGGUUCAACAAAUACGUCAACACAGAGGAGAAGUUCCAGACGUUCAUGACGCAGAUCAACAGCUCUCUGGUGGACUCCAACAUGCUGGUGCGCUGUAUCAUCCUGUCCCUGGACCGCUUCGAGAGCCAGACUGACGAUGUGAGAGUUGUGGAGGUGCUGUCAGAGUGCAGUCUGUUGUCCUACAUGGUCCGCGUGGAGAACAGACUAACCAUCCUCUUCAGGCUCGUCAACAUCAUCAACGUGCAGACGCUCACACAGGAGAAUGUGAGCUGUCUGAACACCAGCCUGGUGGUAUUGAUGCUGGCCAGGAGACGGGGUAAGCUGUCCUUCUACCUCAACGCCCUGAGAGAGAAGGAGUACACAGAGAAAUACCCCGGCUGCCUGCUCAACAACUUCCACAACCUGCUGUGCUUUUGGCAGCGCCACUACCUCAACAAGGACAAGGACAGCACCUGUCUGGAGAAUAGCUCCUGUAUCCUCUUCACCUAUUGGAAGGAGACCGUGUCGGUUCUGUUGGACUCAGACCGGACUUCACUAUGUGCCAUAGCCAGCUACAUCGACGAGGCCUACAUGGAUCUGGGAAGAGACUUUCUGGAAGUUUAGUCCCUGGGAAGCCGUCUCUGGAAAAGGGAAAAGAUGGGGGGAUGGAAAGAAGAUAGAAAAAAAGAGGAGAGGCAAUGUCUCAAUCACCUGAAGACUGAACAGAUCUGAGCGCUCACUUCUUCACAUAGCUGUUAUUCAGGGAUCCAUCGGUGUACAGAAUGACUGUGUGCACAGUUUUGGGCAUGUGUAUGUAUUUUUGCAUUUGUGUGUGUGUGUGUGUGGAUAUGCUUUAGUGGGUGUGUGAGUAUUGGCUGUAGGUGUGGAUGCGUAUGCUUGUGUGUGUCUAGCAGUGGAGGCUGGGAAGAGGAGUUAUAGGAGGACGAGCUCAUUGUAGUGGCUGGAAUGGAAUAAAUGGGUUGGGUUAAACGUGGUUUGUGGUCCAUUUAUUCCAUUCCAGACAUUACAAUGAGCCUGUCCUCCUAUAGCUCAUCCCACCAGCCUCAUCUGGUGCAUAGCUGUGUUGGGGUGUGUCACAUGCUGGAGUUUCCAUUCUGUUUUAUCUGUGGGGGAAAACAGUCAGCCAAUCAGCAGCCUUUCACUAACAGAAGGGAGAUUUCUCGUACCCGGUUGUCACUAGUUACCACAGCCACAAAGUCAUAACUCCCUGCCUAUUUCUCUCAUUUCUAUUCUUAAAACUUUAACCACACUGCUAACCUUAUGUCUAAUCUUAAAUUAGGACUAAAAUGCUCAUUUUGUUUAUAUUAAUUAUUACGUUAUAGCCCAUGAUGUCUUUGUGGCUGUGGUAACUAGUGGAAACCUUCCUACCCUCUGGCAAAACAAACGACGGUCCAACUUCAUAUUGAGUGGUUCCAAAUCCCUGCAUUUACAUGGUAAUUACACUGGCAGAUAUAGUGGGUACAUAUACACGGUUAGUACUUACAACUGGUAUACCUGUUUGGAUGCUAGUGUAAUAGUCAAACACGAAGGAGAUGUUUUAACACAAUCCAUUUUGAAUUUGUUUGCAGAUAUAAAGCAUGUUAAAUACAUUUUGUUGUGCAGUCAACAGUCAAGUACACCAACAGGGAAAAUAACAUUACUCUGUAUCUAACGGUAUCUAAUUACCAUGUCAAAAUGUUUUCGACAUUUAAUACAAGUGGGACCAAAACAUUGAUAUUUAAGGGACAAGCAAUUGUUUUAUUUUGGUGGUCUAAAAAGGGACUCUAUAUUUAAAGAAAUGAUCCAUGUAAAUGAUAAAGUAUUUAGGCGAAGGACAAGGUCGAUACAAGGCUCUGGAACAUGGGACUCGCCAGAAGCAUGAAUGUCUUGUGUCCGACAACACAGAGGAGACCUGGCUGGCCAUCCUAAAAUUACGUUAGGAAAGAUGCUUAACUUAUGGCACGAGGAUACGAGACUCCCUGUUUCAGAAUGUGUAUCUGUAUGUGACACUGGGCUUAUGUCUGAGCUCUUCUCAGAAAGUGAGUGAGAGUAUGUGUGUGUUCAUCUAAUACACAGGUAAGUAUCUGCAACUUCACUUUGUAAAGCGAAUGAGAUAAAUAAUAGAACACCA